AUGAUGAGAGAACAGCUUGAAAAAAGGAGAAAUGUAUUGACAGAACGAUCAGAAAAUUUUAGACACUAUUUCGAACAAACGAAAAAUAAAAUUGAAGAACAUCGAAGCCAAACUCAUAAAGACGUUGAUGAGUACUUUGAUGAUGCAGUAAAGACAAUUGAUGAUAAAAUGAAGGAAUAUCACUCCCUCAUAGUAAAAUUACAACGAAGCGUUGAAAUAAAGACCAAGAGAGUAAGCAAAUUUUUGGGGGAAAUAGAAAAUGUAGAAAACGAUCCCUAUAGCAGUGAAAGUUUGAAGAGUCUUUUAAUAUGGAAAACGAACCUCCGAACAAUUGAGGAAGAAGAAGAACCAAGUUUUUCAACAGACAAACCAUUCUUAUCCAGCGGAAAUAAACUUUCCAUAAUGUUUGGUACAUUUACAUACGACAUUCUAGAUACCGGAAAGAAACUAUUGCAUAACAUAGAAAGACAAUUUAAUAUUGAAAAUGAAUACAGAAAUUACUCAAUUAAGGAUAUUUGCUGGUUAAACACGGAUGAAUUUAUAAUGAUCGAUGAUUAUAAGAAAAACAUUCUUUCUGUAAACAUGAAGGGAUAUCCAUUCGAAAUUGAGGGGGAUACUUCACCAAGAAAGGUAGCAUCUGUUGGAAAGCAUGUGUUUUACAUUACUCAUAAUGGCAAAUCUAUUGUAUGUGUUGAUCUAGAGGGAAAAGGCAAUUUCUGGGAGGAAAGUGACUCCAAUCGCAAUCGUUUACAGGCAAAAGAUUUAAUAAUAAGAAAAACUGGUGGUGAAAUGGUUGUUUUGAUGUACUGUUUUGCCAGGAACAGGGGUAAAAUUGUCACAUAUGACCUUGAAACUAAGAAGAAAACCUGUGAAUAUGCUCAUGUUAAAAAAAUGCCACGUAAAAUCUUGUUUCAGGAGCCAGAGUGGAUUGUGGAAAAUAUAAACCGUGAUCUCUGUACAUCAGAUAUAGGAGCAAAAGCUGUCGUCGUUAUUGGUGACAAUGGCGAUUUUCGUUUUCGUUACACUAGCCAUAAUCCUGACACAUUCUCUCCGGGUGGACUUGAUUGUGAUACUAGUGGACUCAUUCUUGUUUGUGACAUCAUUAGUAAUAACAUCCACAUAUUGGACCAAGAUGGAUAUUUUUUGCGAUUCCUUUACGGAAAUGGCGUAUUUCCAGAUUGUCAAACAAAAUCCAUAUUUGUUCAGCCCUCUGGACAUGCAUGGGUAACUGACAAUGAAGGGCGUAUAAAUGUUAUCAGAUACAUAGAAUAA